AUGAUGUUUCAUUUCCAAAUCUCUACUCUAUUGCAGGGAUGGAGCACCAUCCAUCCCGACCCACAAGACUCCCUGGAAGGCAGGAGCAACCAGCUGUCCAGGAGGAGCGGCAACGGGGCAAAGACCGCAAUGAGAACGAGGUGGAAUCCACCAGCAGUGCUAACGAGGACAUGCCGGUGGAGAAGAUCCUGGAAGCUGAACUGGCGGUGGAGCCCAAGACGGAGACCUACAUCGAAGCCAACAUGGGCAUGGCUCCUAAUUCGCCCAAUGACCCGGUCACCAACAUCUGCCAAGCAGCAGACAAGCAGUUGUUCACCCUGGUGGAGUGGGCCAAGCGGAUUCCCCAUUUCUCGGAGCUCCCCCUGGACGACCAGGUGAUCCUCCUCCGAGCCGGUGAGUAG